UUAUUCACACCUCAGAUAAAAAAUGUUUAAAGGUUCCUAAAGGCAGUAGGAGACUCCUUUCUUUAAAUAAGACCGAAAACACCAAAAGUUUAACAUCAUUGACUGUCACUUUCAAUCCAAAGAGAAGGUUAUCAGCUCCUACAUAUGCAGCCCACAAGUCAAUAUUUGCUACCAAAGGAAUAACUCCUUUGGAGUACUUCAGGAAAUUUGCAGUUAUUGUUAAAAUAAUGGUAAUAUUACAAAAUCAAAUUAAACGAGAAAGAAGCAAAGGUAUUUGGUCAAGAUUAGAAACCCAAACUGCUAUCCAACAGCAACUCUCUGAAGUAUUGGAAUGGAAAUUGAGCGAAAUACCAAUCAUCACACUAAAAACACCUUCUGGUCGUCAUUUGCAGCAACUGCUUGGAGUACCAGCAAAAAGAAGAACAAUCACUGAAGAAGGAAUGUUAUUGAGGUAUAUACAAAGACUGCAUACAAUACAGGACUUCCCAUUAGAUGUACAAAAGAGAUUAGCAACUGUAAUGACUCUGGAAAGUUAUGAAUCAGGACGUAUCAUAAUAAAAGAAACACAUCCAGCUAUGUCAGUUUAUUUUAUUUGGUGUGGCUCAGUGUAUGUUAAUCAAAAGGAAACUGACGUCAGAACGGAUAGAGUUUUUGAUUUGACUGUCAAUCUUCUUAAGCCUGGAGAUUGGUUUGGGGAAAGAGGAGUACUAUAUAGAACAAAGCACAAUGUAACUGUCAUCAGUAGAGGAUAUGUGGAAUUACUUGUAGUACGUGGGAAGGAUUUUUAUGAGAUAUUAGCAAACUCAGUAUUAGACAAAACACAAGCUGCUAUCCAAUACUUAAGUGAGCUACCAUUAGUCAGUGCUUGGCCUGUUCAUUUACUGUCCUCAUCUCCGGACUUUAUUUAUGCAAAAUAUUUCAAGUAUAACAGUAUUGUUGUUCAAUGUUCUCCUAAUAAUAGACCAGACUGGAUAGUAGCUGUUAAAAGAGGUAGUUGUAGAAUUAUUAUUGAGUUUCUGGAGCAUGCAAAAGAGAAGGAUACGUUCACAUUACCAUUAGUACCUCCAUCUGUGUGUCUGGUAUCAGCUAAUUACAGGUUGAGGGACAAUAGGAGGACUGUUAGGAGGCGCUACAUGCAAUUGAAUACUGUAGAACCAGGAGAAUGCUUUGGAAUACAAUUAAUUUAUAACAAGCCAGCAUGCAGGAUGAGUUUAAUGAGUCGUGGUUCAGAGUGUGUACUGGUUAAAAGACACUUCUUUAUUAAAAAUACAAACCCUGACCUAUUGAGACUUUUUAGAACAGAAUCUGGAUAUUUUCCAGAGAAGAGCCAAUUAGUUGGUGCCAUCAAUGAGCAGAAUAAAUGGAAACUAUUUAAGAAGCAGAUUAUUCAUGAGCUUCAUUAAUAAAGUUAUAAAAAUUAAUAACCAUCAAUUUGCUGGGUGUGACCAUAUUUUAACCACGCCCAUAAGAA